CUGUAAUCGGAGAUACUGAAGAUUCUGAAGUACAAUUCUUAAACAUAGCUCCACCAGCACCGGAGAAGAGGAGAGAAAGAAAGAGGCCUAGGUGGUUCGAUGAGUACACUGCAAUGAGGAAAAGGAAUAAGAAAUCGAAGACAGCAGUGAAUGUGGAUCCAUUGAGGGUUGUUGAUGGUAAAUUACUUAUGACCUUUCACAAGUGGUUGCUUGGCACCAUUGGGAAUAAAUAUCCGAGGGAAUGCUUCUCAGGGACACACGAUGCUGCUUGGUUCCUGAAACUGCAUACUCCGAGGACAUGGCUUUCUGACUCUCAUUUAGAUGCAGCAUUUCAUCUCAUGAGGAGGCGUCUAGAAUUUUAUCCUAACGUGUACCCUCAGAAAUGUGUUGUUAUGCCUACAAUUUUUCCCGAAUCAUUGAAGGGUCGGUGGGACGCUUUUCCAGGUUCUGACUACUCUAGAUUUAGUUGGGAUGACAGUAUAUUGGACCUGGUUAGGGGUGAUGCAGUCCAGUUCUUACCGAGUUGGCAGAACAAGGAGUUCAUUUAUUUUGCCCUCUUCUUGAAAGACCAAAUGCAUUGGGUAGCUGUAGAGGCAGACCUGAAUGGGUGGAUGCUCAACAUCUUUGACUCCAGUAUUGGAUCAAUUUCCGAAAACGAUUUGAUCAGCUUGAUGGUUGACUGGUGUACCAUUUUCCCGUCGGUCUUGCGACAGUCCGGUUUAUUUGAGAACCAUGACGUUAUACUCGCGCCUCAGUUGACAGCAUCAGAGAGUCAGGUCAGACCCUUCGAUUGGAAACUCAUUCCACGUGAAUUCGUACCGCAAACAAAAUCCAGGUGAACUUUAUUAAAUAUCACAUAUUAAUUAUUAUUUCUUAAUUACAAAACUUUAUUAAAUUAUUGUUUAUUUUCUAAUGCAGUGGCGAUUGCGGAUGUUACGUAAUUGAGCAUAUUGAACAUAAGCUUCUACAACUACCAUUUGAUAAUGUAACUGACAAUAAUAUGAAACUUUUUAGGCAAAGGUGGUGUGUAGACUUAUUCUACCAAAACUUAUGUUGAACGGUCUUAAUUUUUUUGAAUUGUAUAAUUUUUUUGAUUGCUCUUUUUGUAAUUACUACAUUUUAAUGUGCUUAAUCUUUGCAUCGUACUAUCAUCGAUCACUAUCGUACUCUAUCGUACCCUCACUUGCCUCACAAAUUUCACGAACAGUCCUGAAACCAUACCAUCGUACCAUUAUCGGACCAAUAUCGUACAUUAUCGUACCCUAAUGUCGUACAUUAACUAUCGUACUACAUCGAGCAACGUCGUACCAUAUUGUAAGAUACAUUUAAAUAAUCCUACAACAAACAAUAUCGUGCAUUGUCGUACUGGCAUCGUGCACUAUCGAACCAACACUGGAUUAUUACAUAUUUAAGAGUUUCAUAAUGGAGAAAAAAAUAGAAAAAAACCUGCAAAAUCCAGCACAUAACAAAUAUUACUAGUUCAAGCAGAAAUAAAACAUAAUAGGUCAACUAGAAUACAAACAAAACAAGUUAACCUCGGUACUUGCAAGACGCUUUGUUGUGCCCUUUACCACCACACUUGCUACAACAUCGUUGUAUCACAACCUUGUCUCCAUUAGAAGGAUAUCGAUUUUUCCUAAUUCGUCCGACCUUUUGCUUCUUCGGUCGGCCUACAGGUUUCUUCUCAAUCGGUACUCCAACUUGGAUGUUCUUAAUGUCUUCAGGCAAUUCCCAAUCAUCCUCAUCACCAACUGGCAUA